AGUUAUGAUCAUGUGAAAGCAAGUGUACCCCAUGAUCUAUGAGCCUUUCUUCUGUAAAUCUUGUAAUGGCUGAAUUGGAUCAAUGAUGUGGGUCAUGAUUGUCCAUUAUUAGGUGUAAAAGAUAAAUACUUUUUGGUAAAAUCACAGCGAUGAUCACGCGUCAGCAUGGAGGACAUUGUAGAGGAUAUUGCCUCUUCUUCAUUUCUUCCUUUCUUCUCCCCCACCUUCAUGCGUCUCUGACUAUUCUCUGAUACAAAAUUUGUCUGAAUUUAAUUUGAAAUACCCAUUUUCAAUUGAAGCUCCCUUCGACGAGCAACAAAAGAAACUCUCUUCUUUAGCUUCUUUUUCUUCUCAAAUCGAUACUGGGUUUCACGUUUUGUAUCGUUUUGGGAAUACCCCAUUCUUGUUUUCUUGUGAUACGAGUUUUUUGGGUUUGAAAUACCUAACGAAUCCUUUGUUUUCUAGACCCAGAUUUUUUUUUUGGUCGAUCUUUUGUGGGUUUGUAGGUUUGAUGGAGCUUCUUUAUGAACAUGGUGGACGAUUUGAUUCUGUGAUGAUUAGCUGACUCUUCUUUUGGCGCUUUGGUGUGGUGUUUUGAUUGCUUCUAGGGUUUGACGUUUUCUUGGCUUUGGUGUUUUGUGGUUUUGGCUGAGUUAUUUUGAGCUGGAAGUUUUUAGUCAUUUGGUGCUUGAAAUAGCUUUCAUGGAAGUUUUUUUGUAGUUUAAAAAGGUAGAACUUGCAUAAUACUUGGAAACUGAAAAGUAAAAUGGGUGUGAAGGGCCAUCAAAUUGCGACUCAUCAUUCACCUAAUGCCAAAGUAGAAGUAGGAGAGAUUGACACUAGUGCACCUUUCCAGUCUGUUAAAGAUGCAGUCAACUUGUUUGGUGAAGGUGCUUUUUCGGGAGAACGACUAAUUGUGAGGAAGGCGAAACAACCUCACUCUGCAGAGAAAGUGUUUGCAAAAGAGACUCAACUCCACUUGGCUGAAAAGGAACUGAGCAAACUAAAGGAUCAGCUAAAGAAUGCUGAAACUACCAAAUCUGAAGCGCUUGUUGAGCUUGAAAGUACUAAAAGAGCUGUUGAUGACCUAACCAAGAAGCUGCAAUUGCUGAGGGAAUCAAAAGAAUCAGCCAUCAAGGAUUCGGAGGUUGCAAAGGCUCGAGCAAAGCAGUUUGAGGAGGCAAAUGGAAGUAAUCACUCUGGAAAUGAUUAUGGUUGGAAACAAGACUUGGAAACUACACGAGAUCAGUACAUGGUAGUGAUCGGAGAACUAGAUGCUGCAAAGCAAGAAUUGAGGAAAAUUCGUCAAGAUUCUGAUGCAUCUUUGGAAGCGAAAGUAGCUGCAUUGAAACAGGUGUCGGAGGCUGAGGAAUCAGUCAAAACACACAAGCUGAAAGCAAAUGAACUUUCUAAGGAAAUCUUGGCUGCACGGGAAUCCAUUGAAAAGCUCAAGCUGGCAUCCCUACAAGCACAUAAAGAGCAAGAAAAGAUAUUUGUGGAGAAAGACAUCCAGAGGCAGUCUUAUAAAGCGGCUCUUGAGGAGUCCGCAAAAAAACUGUUUUCUUUGCAGAAGGAAAUUGACCCUGAUCUCACCAGGAAUCUCGAAUUGCAGUUGAACGAGACAAUGAAUGAAAUUGGGAAACUGCAGAAACAAAUGGAAGAUAAAAAAGCGUUGGAUAUAGAUUCAGUGAAGAAUGUCACCUCAGAGCUUGAUGAUGCAAAAGAGUCCCUACAAAAAGCAGCUGAAGAAGAAAGAUCUCUCCGUAACCUGGUUGAAGCUCUUAAGUUGGAACUGGAAAAUGUGAGGAAAGAGCAUUCUGAACUCAAGGAAAAAGAAGCUGAAGCAGAAUCUACUGCUGGGAAUUUGCAUGUCAAGCUCCGGAAGACCAAAUCUGAACUCGAAGCAUACCUCACAGAAGAAUCUAAAGCAAGAGGUGCUUGUGAAGAUAUGCUCUCAACUCUUAACCAACUGUCAUCAGAAACUGAAAAUGCUAGACAGGGAGCAGAAGAGAUGACAAAUAAAGCAGAGGAUUUGAGGAAGGAAGCAGAAGGCACCAGAAUAGCAUUGGAAGAUGCUGAGAAGCAGCUAAGAGUUGCACUAGAUGAAGCUGAAGAAGCCAAAGCAGCUGAAGCUAGGGCCCUUGAUCAGAUUAAAGUACUAUCUGAAAGAACCAAUGCUGCACGAGCUUCGACAUCUGAGUCGGGGGCUAACAUCACUAUCUCCAGGGAAGAGUUUGAAUCCCUAAGCCGUAAAGUUGAGGAGUCUGACACAUUAGCAGAAAUGAAAGUAGCUGCUGCAUUAGCUCAAGUUGAAGCUGUGAAGGCUGGUGAAAAUGAAAUUCUAAAAAAGCUAGAAGCAUCCCAGAAGGAAAUUGAGGAUAUGCAGACUGCAACUGAGGAAGCUUCAAAGAAAGCCAAAAUGGCAGAAGCAGCUAAGAAAGCUGUGGAAGGAGAACUAAGAAGAUGGCGUGAGCGAGAGCAGAAAAAAGCGGUUGAAGCAGCAUCAAGAAUUUUGGCUGAAACAGAGGUGUCUUUGGAAUCAUCUCCAAGCCACAAUAGGAUUCAAAAGCAGAGCACAACAGUGAAAAGAGUUGAGUCCAAAAAAUUGGAGAAAGAUAAAACCUUCUCAAAGAAGGUACUUCUACCAAACCUUAGCGGCUUAUUUGUUAGGAAAAAGAACCAGGUUGAUGGUGGAUCGCCCUCCUACUUGCCUGGUGAGAAAUCUGCGUGAUGUUUUCUUUUGCUUGACUUUCAUUUUACUCUUAGCAGUCAGGUGGGGGAACAUAAAAUCAUUGUGUGUACAUUUGUUGCCUGUAAAUUUGUGCUCAGGUAACCAAAAAUGACCUUGUAAGCAACAUGGAUGAGUGAUUUUGUAUAUGGGCUGGUUUGUUAGAUUAUUGAUCAAAGCAUAUAUUGUAUUGAGAUUUUCUAUCUGUUAUCGGAAAUUUGUUUGCCAAUCAAAGUAUGAUUAAAUCUCUGAGCUGAAAA